AGUCUUUCCAUUUUAAGAAUUUUUUUAAAAAAGUAUGAUUUUGAUGCUUCCAAAGUGGAUACUAUUUUAUUUCAGUGGCUUAAAAUAGAGCUCUGAGAUUCGAGAUGGUCACUGUCAGCACAAAGGAAAAACGUCUUGGACGCAGGAUACUGAACAUUUUCUUUAUACUGAGUAUAAGUGAAAUUACUCAAAUGCAUGCAUGGGGAAUGAGAUACAGUUAAAUGAAUUAUGGUUUCAAAAUAUGACUGUUUUGUCAAGGAGUACACCAGAAUGAAGACAGGGCAGUGCAAGGUCACCUUGCCAUAAAAGAUAUUGAAUGUAUUUUGUGGCUUUCCCCCCCGACAUGUUAACCAUUGUGGAAGGGUUACAAUAUUUGGAGGAAACCAUGUGAAAUGUGGAACUUAUUCACCUAAGAUGGUUUACAUUUGUGUUUGUUUUCCAUUGGAAAUGAGUAUACCAGUAUUUUGAAUGGCUCCUAGGUCCAGCCCCUCAGAAAACUGCUGUUGGUCUAUAUGUCUGAGUCUGUGUGGUUGAAGAAGCUCCUGUUAGAAAAGUGUAAUUAAUGGGAAACUUUGACAUCCAGCUGAGAAAACUAGUUUGCAUAAAAAAAGGCAGAUAGAGGAUUAAAGAAAUUUUAGUCCUAAUCUAAUUAACACCAAUUAAAAGAUGCAGAUGAAUUUGCACCAACAAAUUGUUAAUUAUGCACCAAUUUGCCUUUUCUAUGACCAAACUAAAAUUAGGUCUCUAAGGAUACAGUGCACCCUUCCAUAAAAAUAAUAUACCCAUUUCAUAGAUUCCAUGUGAAAUGUUUUGUGAAUCAAGUUAGAAGCAUCUAAAGAGGCCUGAAAAUGAAAUAUAAUGAGUGAUUCAGGAUUGGAUCAUGGACCAGAAGAAAAGUAAACAUACCUCACAUUAUUUUGGACAGUUAAUGAAAUUUGAGUAAGUCAUAUUUUGGCAGAUGAGUUGCUUUCCUGAAAUUACUCAACAUCAUCCUUCAUUCUGACAAAAGCCAGUGGUACAGAUGCACCUUUGGGACUGUGGCCAAGCAACAUAACAGCAGCAAUGUGAGGAUAUGUGUUUACCCCCAUUCUCACCCCAUGAGUGAAGCAAGACUCAGUCACUCCCGGUAAGUGGCAGCCCACAUUGGAACCCAGAUGCCACUUAGCAUUCAUCCUGGACUUAAGGACACUACCAGUGACCUGCUGGGUGCUUUGGACAAUGGCCCUUCUUCACUAUGCAGAAAUUCUAUACCACCCACCAGGCUUGUACAUUCUGCAUUCAGGACAGCAUCUCUGGCUGCUGAUGUGCCCAGGCUUGGAUAUGGUUGCUCAUCCUAUCACAAGUACAUUCCCCGGAGGGCAGUGCUCUAUGUACCUGGAAAUGAUGAAAAGAAGAUACAGAAGAUUCCGUCCCUGAAUGUAGAUUGUGCGGUGCUCGACUGUGAGGACGGCGUGGCUGUGAACAAGAAGAAUGAAGCUCGAUUAAGAAUAGUAAAAACUCUUGAAGACUUUGAUCUGGGCUCAACUGAAAAGUGUGUGAGAAUCAACGCAGUGUCCAGUGGUCUGGCCGAAGAAGACCUGGAGACCCUCCUGCAAUCCCGGGUCCUUCCUUCCAGCCUAAUGCUACCCAAGGUGGAAGGUCCUGAGGAAAUCCAGUGGUUUUCAGACAAAUUUUCAUUCUACUUAAAAGGCCGAAAACUUGAACAACCUAUGAAUUUAAUCCCUUUUGUGGAAACUGCAAUGGGUUUGCUCAAUUUUAAGACCGUGUGUGACGCAGCACUCAAGAUUGGGCCUCAAGCGGGUCUUUUCCUAGAUGCUGUCGUUUUUGGAGGAGAAGAUUUUCGAGCCAGCAUAGGAGCAACAAGUAGUAAAGAAACGCAAGAUAUUCUCUACGCCCGACAAAAUAUUAUUGUCGUAGCGAAGGCCUUUGGUCUGCAGGCCAUAGACCUGGUGUACAUCGACUUUCGAGACGAGGAGGGGCUUCUCAGGCAGGCGAGAGAAGGAGCCAUGAUGGGAUUCACGGGUAAGCAGGUGAUACACCCAAACCAAAUCGCGAUUGUCCAGGAGCAGUUUUCUCCUUCCCCUGAAAAAAUUAAGUGGGCUGAAGAACUGAUUGCUGCCUUUAAAGAACAUCAACAAUUAGGAAAGGGAGCCUUUACUUUCCAAGGGAGCAUGAUCGACAUGCCGCUACUGAAGCAAGCCCAGAACAUUGUUACGCUUGCCACAUCCAUCAAGAAAAAGUGAUCUGUUAGAUCAAGCUCUCAUCAGGCUAAAGGGUAUUGAAGCUGCGAAGGAUCAACUUGUGUUUGCCAGAGGACGCCAAUGAAAUUUGAAACACCAACAAUCAGAGAUUUUGUUUCUGCUCCUCAUUAAAUCAUGAGCUUUUGUGUUGAGA